UACCUUGGGGCCUGUAUGACAGAUUCAUCCUCUGAUGCUGCAUUUACCACCAGCAUGUCUUCUCCAGACGCGUCCUCCAGGGCUGAUAAACCAACUGUUCUGGACAUUCUCAAGAACUUUCUGGAUGAUUUGGGAAGAGAAGAUUUAAAGAGAUUUCGGAGUAAACUGUCAGAUUUUAGAUAUAACAAUAAAGAUCCCAUAGGACGGGGACGCCUGGAAGGUGCAGACCCUGUUGAUAUCUCACAGCGUCUCGUGGAUUAUUAUGGAGAGAGGAACGCUCUGGAUGUGACGAGUCAAGUCUUACAGUUAAUUGGUCUGAUGGGACUUGUAGAAAAACUCCAGGAGAAACUAAAAUCUUGCUCAUUCGGCCUGAAUCCGUCGGAAGAAGUUAACGAGUGCAGAAGAAAUUACCUGGAUUUUGUAAAGAAUCAGCACAAAAGGAUUCAACAUAAAAAUGGCCGGAUGGGAGAGAACGUUAACAUGGAGACGAUCUACACCAAUCUGCUACUAAUAAAAACGCAGCGUGACGAAGAAGAGAGAGAACAGGAAAUAAGCGGUUUGGGUAGAGAACAUCUUGAGAUGAUGGAGCAGAGACGUUCAGAUAAAUAUUCCCCAACCACUGUUGACAAGCUGUUUGAUCCCGAGGAAGAUGGGUUUACUCCGAAAACUGUGGUGUUACAGGGACCUGCGGGGAUCGGAAAAACUAUGACAGCCCAGAAGAUCAUGCUGGACUGGGCCUCGGGAAAACUGUAUGAGGAGCGGUUUAAUUAUGUGUUUUAUCUGAGUUGCAGGGAGAUAAACCGAAUGACUGGAGAAACGAGCAUUGCUGAUUUUAUAUCCAAGAUGUGUCGGCUAAAAUGCUCACAGAGUGCGAUGGAGUCAAUUUUACGAGAUCCUGAGAAAAUCCUUUUCCUUAUUGAUGGGUUAGAUGAAUUGGAUCAGUCAUUUAUGGGUCUCAGUGAGGACUGUAGCCAUCCUUUUCAGGUGGUCCCCAAAGAGGUCAUCUUAAGCAGCUUGAUAAGAAAACAGGUUCUCGAGACGUCUUCACUGAUCAUUACAACAAGACCUUUCUCACUGGAGAAGUUAAACGAGUAUAUCGAGUGUCCUCGUUAUGUAGAAAUUCUGGGAUUUACGGGGCAAGAGCGUGAAAACUAUUUCUUCAAUUUCUUUGAGAAUAAAGCUGAAGCUGAGGCAGCUCUCAAUGCGAUAAAAGAGAAUGCGGCGCUCUUUACUAUGUGUGCUGUCCCUCUUAUAUCCUGGAUUGUUUGCACUGUACUCAAACAGGAGAUAAAAAAGACUUUUAAUGUGACUCGUUAUAAAACAUCCACGUCUGUUUACACGCUUUACUGGAAAGGUUUGUUAAAAUAUCACAGCAGAACUUCCAAUGUGCCCAUAAAGUCCUACAUGAAGAAGCUGUGUGAUUUGGCCAAGAAAGGAGUCUGGAGCCGUAAGAUCAUAUUUGAGAAAGGAGAUCUGGAAGAGUACGGAUGUGAUUUGUCAGAAGAAGAAUCUCUCUUCCUGAACGAGAACGUGUUUGAGAGGGACAUUGAAAAGCAGACAUGUUACAGCUUCAUCCACCUGAGUGUACAGGAGUUCUUCGCAGCUCUCUAUUAUGCCCUGGAUGAGCAAUCAGAUCCGAACCGGCAUAAGGAGGAGGUCAGGAGACUGCUGGAGAAGUCUGAGAGACAUGAGCAUGUAAAAGUAACUGUACAAUUCUUGUUUGGCCUCUGCUGGGAAAACCAAAUAAAUGAAAUUGCAAAAAGCGUUGGGUGUAAAAUGUCAUCGGGACUGAAACCUAUUCUGGAAGAAUGGAUGAAGAAAAGGAUAUCCACAGCUUCAGAUAGGAAAGAAAUCCUGUGCUAUUUGUACGAGACUCAGGAUACGACGUUUGUGAAGAGAAUGAUGCCUGAUUUGAUGCACUUGAAGAUCCGUUCUGUAUUUGCUUAUGAUGAUGAAACCCUCCUUGUCCAAGCCGUGGCCUACUGUUUGGAGAAUAGCGAGAAAGUUCACACAGUGACUUUCAGUCAUUAUAAUCUGACUCACAAGGCAAUGAAGACGCUCUCCAAAAGCUUUUGCAAGUGUUCAGAGAUCACGUUGUGGCACUGUCUUCUGACCUCAUCCUGCUGCGAUGUUCUGCGAGAUGUUAUUAUCACAAACCGAUCUCUCACCAAACUGGAUCUGUCAGGGAAUAACCUUCAGGACUCAGGAGUAAAACUUCUGUGUGAGGGACUCCAGGACCCAGACUGCACCCUGCAGGAGCUGCGGUUGUGUGACUGUCAUCUGACCUCAUCCUGCUGCGAGGAUCUGCGAGAUGUUAUUAUCACAAACCGAUCUCUCACCAAACUGGAUCUGUCAAUGAAUAACCUUCAGGACUCAGGAGUAAAACUUCUGUAUGAGGGUCUCCGGCACCCAGACUGCACCCUGCAGGAGCUGCGGUUGUGUGACUGUCAUCUGACCUCAUCCUGCUGCGAGGAUCUGCGAGAUGUUAUUAUCACAAACCGAUCUCUCACCAAACUGGAUCUGUCAAUGAAUAACCUUCAGGACUCAGGAGUAAAACUUCUGUAUGAGGGUCUCCGGCACCCAGACUGCACCCUGCAGGAGCUGCGGUUGUGUAUCUGUGAUCUGACCUUAUCCUGCUGCGAGGUUCUGCGAGAUGUUAUUAUCAGAAACCGGUCUCUCACCAAACUGGAUCUGUCUGAGAAUAACCUUCAGGUCUCAGGAGUAAAACUUCUGCGUGAGGGUCUCCGGCGCCCAGACUGCACCCUGCGGGACCUGCGGUUGUGGCACUGUCUUCUGACCUCAUCCUGCUGUGAGAUUCUGCGAUUUGUUAUUAUCACAAACCGAUCUCUCACCAAACUGGAUCUGUCAGGGAAUAACCUUCAGGACUCAGGAGUAAAACUUCUGUGUGAGGUUCUCCAGAACCCAUUCUGCACCCUGCGGGACCUGCGGUUGUAUAGGUGUGAUCUGACCUCAUCCUGCUGCGAGGAUCUGCGAGUUGUUAUAAUCCGAAACCGAUAUCUGACAAAACUGGAUCUGUCAUAUAAUAACCUUCAGGACGCAGGAGUAAAUCUUCUGUAUGAGGGUCUCCGGCGCCCAUACUGCACCCUGCGGGAGCUGGGGUUGUCGCGCUGUGGUCUGACCUCAUCCUGCUGCGAGGUUCUGCGAGAUGUUAUUAUCAGAAACCGAUCUCUCACCAAACUGGAUCUGUCAGGGAAUAAUCUUCAGGACUCAGGAGUAAAUCUUCUGUGUGAGGGUCUCCGGCACUCAGACUGCACCCUGCAGGACCUGGGGUUGUAUGACUGUGGUCUGACCUCAUUCUGCUGCGAGGUUCUGCGAGAUGUUAUUAUCACAAACCGAUCUCUCACCAAACUGGAUCUGUCAAUGAAUAACCUUCAGGUCUCAGGAGUAAAACUUCUGUAUGAGGGUCUCCGGCACCCAGACCGCACCCUGCAUGACGUGUGGUUGUUGCACUGUAAUCUGACCUCAUCCUGCUGUGAGGAUCUGUGAGAUGUUAUUAUUAUAAACCGGACUCUGACCAAAGUGAAUGUGUCAGAGAAUAACCUUCAGGACUCAGGAUUAACUUCUGCGUGUGAUGUAUCUACUGAUUCACAAAAUAACUCCAAAAAAAUCAUAUAAAAUAAAGCUCAGCGCCCAUUGGA